AUGAAAUUGAGUUUCCAAGAGAAGAAAAAGAACUUGAUAUUUAUCAGCUUAGAAGCAUACGAGACAAUGUAUUUUUCUAAGGAACAUGGAGGAAUAUAUGAAACAUCUAAAUCACCAAAUUUGGAAAGUUUUGCGUUCUCUAAUAACUCGAUUUUCUUUUCUAAUCUUAAUGGGGAUAAAGUCGGUGGUGUUAAUGUUAUUCCAAGAACUAAAUUUACAACGGCUGCUCAGUUUGCUAUGGCAUGCGGUUAUGCCUUCUUGACAGAACCUCCACGCUCUGGCCUUACAAAUAAUGAGCCAUAUUUUCCUAAAUUUAAAUGUCUUUGGGAUAUUCUUAAAGAAGUUGGAUACAACACCACAGUAACUUAUGGUACAACACCAAAUGACUGGGGAAUUGGGGAUCUAUAUUAUAGUCAUGGUAUCAAUAAGUUAUGGAGCAAAUAUGAUGUGCUUCCUAACUCAAAUGAUAUUUAUGCAUUGGAUCGAGAUAUAACUCCUUUCUUUAUGAAAGCUUUAACAGAAAUGAGUCAGUCAAAGGAUCCAUUCUUUGCCUCUUUUCUUACAUUGGAUACUCAUGAACCAGGUUUUAAAUGUCAAGAUUGUAUCUAUGAAGAGAAUUCUAUGAUUACAGUAGUGAAAUGUUCUGAUAAAAGAAUCUCUAAUUUAUUGAAAUGGAUGGAGCAACAGAGUUGGUAUAAUAAUACUGUGAUUGCACUAUUUGGUGAUCACAUUGUGAGAGGAAAUGGGUAUCCAGAGCUUGCUGAAAGGCAUAAUUUUUCAAGGCGCCCAUUCAAUAUGAUUAUUAACUCUGGCAUGAGAAGUAACUAUACUAGAAAUAGAGAAUUCACAAGUAUGGAUAUUUAUCCAACACUCUUAACAGCAAUUGGGACAAAAGUCAAGAAAAAUCAACUUGGCAUGGGUAUUGAUUUGUUCAGUGGUCUGCCAACAUUAGUUGAAAAAUAUGGUAUUAAAAAAUUCAUAAAAGAAUGUGAAGGAACAAAAAUAUUUUAUAAUCAUAUAAUUCAUGGGAUAGAAGAUGAUGGUAUUAGAGUUAAAGGAUUUCUGAAAGAAAUCAUCCCAAAAUAA